AUGAAGUGUUUCUUCUUCAAUAAAAAAUCCAAAUUAGACCCAAAUUUAAACCCUAAAAAGAAGAAAAAUCAAAGAAAAAAUUCCACCAGUGCGCAGUCAUCGCCAUCACCAAGAAGCAUAAAAGAGAUAUACAAAGAGAAUGAACACAAUUUCAGAGUUUUCACUGUGCAAGAGCUUGUAAAUGCAACAAAUGGUUUCAAUAAGAUGCUGAAAAUUGGAGAAGGCGGUUUUGGGAAAGUAUAUAGAGGAACAAUUUCUCCUGAAAAUGGAAUAGGUGACCAAAUUGUGGUUGCUAUAAAAAAACUCAACACUCGUGGACUUCAGGGGCAUAAAGAGUGGCUUGCAGAAGUACAAUUUUUGGGAAUUGUGAAUCAUCCAAAUUUGGUGAAACUUUUGGGGUACUGUUCUGUGGAUGGUGAAAAGGGGAUUCAACGGUUGUUAGUGUAUGAGUUUAUGUCUAAUAGGAGUUUAGAAGAUCAUCUUUUCAGUCGUUCUUUACCUACUUUGCCUUGGAAAAUAAGAUUGCAGAUUAUGCUUGGUGCUGCUCAAGGAUUACAGUAUCUACAUGAGGGGUUGGAGAUUCAGGUGAUCUACAGAGAUUUUAAAUCUUCAAAUGUGCUGUUGGACAAGAAAUUCCAUCCCAAACUCUCAGAUUUUGGUCUUGCUAGGGAGGGCCCAACAGGUGAUCAGACUCAUGUCUCCACUGCAGUAGUUGGGACAAGGGGUUAUGCGGCACCGGAGUAUAUUGAAACAGGUCAUUUAAAAUCAAAGAGUGACAUUUGGAGUUUUGGUGUAGUACUGUAUGAGAUUCUCACAGGAAGACGAACAAUAGAAAGAAAUCUUCCAACAGCGCAACAAAAGCUUAUAGAAUGGGUUAAAAACUACCCUGCUGAUACCGGCAGAUUCACCUUGAUAAUUGAUCCUCGACUCGCGAAACAAUAUUCUGUUAAGGCAGCUAGGAAAAUUGCUAAGUUGGCAGAUAGUUGCUUGAAGAAGAAUCCUGAAGAUAGGCCAUCAAUGAGUCAGGUUGUUGAAAGCUUGAAACAAGCAUUGCAAUGUUCAUAA